AUGGCAGAAUCCAUUCGUUUAUGCAAACAAUAUGGCGUCAAAGUAGGAGCCCAUCCUGGUCUGCCUGACAUCCUAGGAUUUGGUCGACGCGAGAUGAAAUUGUCACCAGAAGAGCACACUGCCAAUAUUAUUUACCAAGUAGGUGCCCUGAAAGGCUUCCUCGAUGCGGAGGGCGUGCCUUUACAUCACGUCAAACCGCACGGAAUCCUUUACGGCAUGAUGUGUAGAGACGUUGAAGUCUGCCGUGCGGUAAUGGCCGGCAUUCCAAAAGGCAUCAAGGUCUUCGGGCUGGCGGGCACGUGUAUGGAGCAAGUCGCCGGCGAGAUGGGCAUUGAGUUUGUCGCUGAGUACUACGGUGAUGUGAAGUAUCGGGCAGACGGAUCACUCAUUGUGGACCGCAAGAAGCAGCCGUGGAAAAUCGAGGAUGUGAAGAAACACGUUCGGCAACAAUUAGAAGAAUCAUCAGUUACCGCGGUGACAGGAGAGGUAGUUCCUCUUCCUACAAAAGAGUAUCAGAUAUCUCUGUGCUGCCACUCGGACUCUCCAGGGUGCGUGGAAAUUGUAAAGGCUACGAAAGAGAUUGUGGAUGAGUUCAACAAGGCAAAUGGGUUCACAUAG